UUUUAUAAAAUCUGUGGGCAUUGACAGCAAUUAUAGCAAUUUGUCACUUUGAUAUCCAUGAUUGAUUUGACUGCUAUUUAGAUCUUUGAGAAAUGAGAAAACUAAGUUUUCUUAUUAGUAUUACUUUAUAUAUGUUAUUGUAUUCCUCAAAUAACAAAACAUUAAAAUAAUUAUAAAUAUUAGCACUUAUUGAAUUUAUUUAUUUUUAAUGUGAAAAGAACCUUCACUCAGGUAAAAAACUUUCACAAAAAUAUCACUUUAAAACUAUUUCCAAAAUAAUGCGUAAUUCAAUGAAGUUUCCUAUCAACUUACGUAAAUAUACACAAUUUCCACCCAAAAGAAGAGUCGUAGUAACAGGUGUGGGAAUAGUAUCACCCUUGGGAACAGGCUCAGAAUUAGCAUGGAGUAAUCUAUUAAAAGGACAUUGUGGAAUAAUUUCUCUUAAAGAUGAAGAAUAUUCUAAAUUACCAAGUAGAGUGGCAGCUGUUAUACCUAUUGAAAAUGAUAGUGAAAUAAAAAAAGCUUUGUCAAAAUCAAAUCUAAGACUGAUGGCUCCAGCUACUUGUCUUGCUCUUGUUGCUACUGCUGAAGCUUUAACAAAGGCCAACUGGAAUGCAAAAUUGGAUGCCGAAAAAGAAGCUACAGGAGUAGCCUUAGGCAUGGGAAUGAUUGAUCUAAAAGAUGUUUGUGAUACAAGCAAUGCCCUAAAGUUAGGUUAUAAUAAAGUUAGUCCAUUUUUUGUUCCUAGAAUAUUGCCAAACAUGGCAGCAGGUCAUAUAAGCAUUAAAUAUGGUUUCCGAGGUCCUAAUCACGCCGUCUCUACAGCAUGUGCUACGGGAGCCCAUUCAAUAGGUGAUGCUUUUAGGUUUAUUAGGAAUGGUGAUGCUGAUGUAAUGGUCUGUGGCGGAGCUGAAUCUUGUAUUAGUCCUUUAGCUAUAGCUGGAUUUUGUCGCUUAAGAGCAUUGAGCACAUCAUUUAACGAUACACCAGAGAAGGCUUCUAGACCAUUUGAUAAACUUAGAGAUGGAUUUGUAAUGGGUGAAGGAGCAGCUGUUGUAAUUUUAGAAGAGUAUGAGCAUGCUUUAAGAAGAAAUGUAAAAAUGUAUGCUGAAAUAUUAGGCUAUGGUCUCUCUGGAGAUGCUGCUCACAUUACUUCUCCAAAAGAAGAUGGCAGUGGUGCUAUAUUGUCUAUGAGUAGAGCUCUGCGUGACAGUAAUAUAGCAAGUAGUGAGAUUUCAUAUAUAAACGCACAUGCAACAUCUACACCUGUAGGAGACGUUAUUGAGGCCACAGCUAUAAGGACACUUUUUAAAGAGAAUUAUAAGAAUAUAAUGGUGUCUUCGACUAAAGGAGCUCAUGGGCAUUUGUUAGGAGCUGCUGGAAAUCUAGAAGCAGUGUUUACAAUACUGGCAUGUUACCAUGGAAUUGUGCCCCCUACAAUAAAUUUAGAUGACCCUAUUGACAGUUUAAAUUAUGUAGCAAAUAUCCCACAGAAAUGGAAUGAAACAAGGAGAGUAGCAUUAAAAAACUCAUUCGGUUUUGGUGGCACAAAUGCUACUCUUUGUAUUUCAAGCAUUUAAAAUAUUUAAGUUUUAACAAAUCAAUUAGAACAUUAAUUAAAUAAAAGUAUGGAAUAGACUCAAUAGUAUAUUUAAAACUGAGUUACAAAUGUUUUUAGAUUUUACAACAAUGGCAAAUUUGCCACAGUAAUUCUCAACAAUAUGCUGUUAGCAUCUUCACAAGGAGCAAAAAGUAAUCCAUUUGUGUACCACAUAUUAUACUGAGUCACAUAAAGCAUGAAAAUUAAAUGUUUUGAUCAAAAUGCUACUAUAUUUCAUUACAAAGCUUUUAACAUUUUAAAUAGUAAAAAUUUGUUAAAUGCUGGUGUCUUCCAGUCAAUAAUUUUAUAAUAUCAUAAAUAGGUGGAAUUAUUCAAACUUGCACUUUGUUGGAUAAAACUUAUGUAUAUAUAAUAGAGAUCACUAUAUAUUACUAUUAUGUAUGCUAUAAGCACCCUUUCAAAUUUUCCUUACAUGAGAAUCAUUGAAAGAGUUCAUGGGAUAGCAUUUUUAAAUAGAAACAGGAUUUUAAUUAAGUUGUCCCAAAUAUUGAAAAAUAUACCAAAAAUUUAUCCCAAACUUAUAACAUUUGUAAAUGUUUAUAAUUGAUAUUAUAGCCCUUUACUUCCAAUUGAUUUAAUAACUGUAAAUAAAAUUAACAAAAGAUGUUUUAUUUU